AUGUCUGGAACACAAAUGCAGUUAGAGGAUUGGCUGGACGAUCUCUGCGUCCGCUUCAUCAUCAACCUUCCCCAGGAGGAUCUCUCCUCCGUUGCUCGAAUAUGCUUCCAGGUCGAGGAAGCUCAGUGGUUCUACGAGGAUUUCAUUCGUCCUCUGGACCCGACUCUGCCGUCCAUGACGCUACGUACUUUUUGUCUUCGAAUUUUCCAGCAUUGCCCCUUAUUGGCCAAUUUUUCCGUUGAGAACCAUACCAAAGCGUUUGAGGAAUUUCUAGAGUACAAAACUCGCGUCCCAGUGCGAGGCGCUAUUAUGCUGAACGAGGCCAUGGACUCGACAGUCCUGGUCAAGGGGUGGAAGAAAGGCGCCAACUGGAGUUUUCCGCGAGGAAAGAUUAACAAGGACGAAGACGAUCUGGAUUGCGCUAUUCGGGAAGUCUAUGAAGAGACCGGCCUGGAUCUUCGAGCUGCCGGCUUAGUACCGACCGAACACAAACCCAAGUACAUUGAGAUUUCGAUGCGCGAACAGCAUAUGAGGCUUUACGUAUUUCGUGAUGUUCCAAUGGACACAGUAUUUGAACCAAAAACCCGCAAGGAAAUCAGCAAAAUUCAAUGGUACAAACUAUCAGAAUUGCCAGCUUUCCGUCGCAAAAAUGGCCAGUCAAACGAUGCGAUUGCUACUCCCAACGCCAACAAGUUUUAUAUGGUUGCCCCUUUUUUGGUGCCCUUGAAGAAAUGGGUUACGUCGCAGAAAAAGAUGGAAGCACGAAGAGCAGCGACAGGCCCCCACGCUUAUGGGCCUAUCACCGAAGCGCCGUAUGAGGAUGAAGCCUGGAAAACGGACAACGGUGCCGAAACUACGGACCAGGGGCCAGCAAUCGAGACACUUGCUGGCGCGACACAGGAACUGCAGCGAUUGUUGAAGGUCCAGCCUCCGACCCAAGGUUUGCAAGGCGCUCCUGCCCCUGUCCAACAAGAUAAGGGCAGUGCCUUACUUUCCAUUCUCCAAGCAAAGGAUGGUCCCUCAGGUGGUCUGCCUCAGCCUGGCGUUCAAUAUGCGCAUACUCCUCUGGAUCUAACAGCCCAGACAGCACCUCAGCCUCAUACACCACACCACCACAAUUACCCCCAGUUGUCGUCUGUCGGUACUCAACAACCCCCGCCACCAUUUCCCUAUCCGCCGAACCAAUCUGCUCAGUGGAGCGUUGCUCCUGGACAGCCGGCCUGCAACCAUCCUCAGUAUAACGAUCAAUACUCCAUGCAAGAAGGCCAAUACAAAAGUAACCAGGCCCCGUUAGUUCAUCCCCAGCCCCUACCCCCUCAGGUAGAAAGAGCUGUCUUCAACAGGAGCGUGUUCCAAGACGUCAACCAAACCAAUUACAAUUCUGUGCCUGGCCAAUUCAUCAAUCAACAGCAAACACAAUAUGGACAGACCAGUCAGAUGCCCCCACAGGCUCUCAAUCCAAAUGGGCAGCCAAGGCAACAGCAGCAGCUCAAUGGCCAGUCGAUGGCUCUCCUAAAUGCGUUCAAGGGCGGCAAUGGAGGGUUACAGUCUCAGCACACGCCAUUCUCUCCUGGCUUUCCAGCACAGAACCAAAGUUCUACACACAACAGCAUUGGUGGGAACCAAGCACAACAACAAGUGCCUCUUCCGAGCGCUCCACAGACAGGGGCAGUUGCUGGAAGUCAAGAACGUACUGGGCCAAGUCCUAAAGAGCUACCGGGUUCAAAGGUGGGACCUCCUGCAGACAACCACCGCUCGGCCUUGUUGGGUAUGUUCCGUAAGGAUGACCAAAACCAGCGUCCUUCUCGAUCGCCUCAAAUUACUGCACAAGCUGCUCCGGGCAGUAUGAUGAGCGAACUUAUGCGAUCUGCUGGGGGAGACAAUGCGAGGACUCCAAUCUCUUCGCAAGUCAAUACAGACACUAACCUUCCCGUGUCUUUGGAGAGUCUAUCCCUACACUCACGACCUGAUCAAACUGGUACGCCCAACUCUCAAGGAAGGAUGGAUUUUGCGCAGUAUGGCGCUCAGGCACAUGGACCAGCCGCCUCGCAGUCUACUCAACCUAUUCGAAUUCUCCAACGAGGACAAGCAGAUCAGCUCCUUGGUGUCAGCGGCGCGUCGGCGUCUCCCCAAGCUUCUUUUACUUCCCCAAGUGGAUUGUCUGCCCACCUACAGCUUGCAGGUGGUGGUGUCAGCCCCAGCAUUGCUCAAGCAUUUCCUGCCCAGAAUCGACGUCGCGAAUCUGGCCCCGCCCAAAAGCGAGAGCUACUUUCACUUUUUGGGAAACAGCCAUCUCCUGCUAGUUUGGAGGCAGCCAAGGGCAAGGAGGCCAUUGCCGGAACGCCCAGGUCUCGUCUUGCUUCUUUGGCUUCUGGCGUGGAGGAUCCUGCUGGUCCACCGUCUCGCCGCGGUAGCCAAACGCCUAUCUCACCUGCUGAGCGCACCUUUUUGCUGGAUUAUUUGCAGUCCGUCACAAAAAAUGCCAAUCAUUGA